AUGGACACUGAGUCGACCCACUCAGGCUACUCCUAUCACUCCAGCCGCUCGGGGAGAUCAAACCGACAUGGCGAUCGAAGCCGUGAGCGGCACAAGGCCAGCAGCAGUAAAGACAGCAGUCGCUCUGAGAGGUCUGUUGUCAUCAACCCCCCUGACACGCCCUCCCAGGAGUCCCCCGUUCACAAUGGAGAGCCGCUGCCAGGAGAACCCACUCCAACAGCAGAUCAGGAAGACGAGGCCCAGGAUGAUAACUGGGGGGAAACCACCACCGCAGUGACAGGCACCUCAGAGCUGAGCAUCUCCCAGGAGGAAGUGGUUGGACUUGGGAAGGAAAUGCAUGAUCGGACCCAAGGCUUCCGACGUUAUCUUCCCCUGGCUGUGGGCUCAUGUGUGGGGCUGCUGGUGCUGGUCACUCCCCUGGCCUUCCUGCUUCUUCCAGUUAUGAUGUGGCCAGACAGGCUGCAGGCUUGUGGCGCAGCCUGUGAGGGCCUCUUCCUCUCCAUCGCCUUCAAGCUCCUCAUCCUCCUGAUGGCCAUGUGGGCCUUGUUUCUCAAACCGGGCCGUGCAAGCCUGCCCAGAGUGUGUGUGUACCGCGCCUUCCUCACCACACUCACACUCCUGCUCACCAUGUCUUAUUGGCUCUUCUAUGGGGUCCGGAUCCUUGAUGCACAGGAUGAGGACUACCAUGGGAUCGUCCAGUUUGCCGUGUCCCUCGUGGACUCCCAGCUGUUUGUCCACUACCUGGCCGUGGUGCUGCUGGAGCUCCGCCACCUCCAGCCCUGCUACAGCGUGUGUGUCAUUCGCUCCACAGACGGAGAGACGCGUCACUACAACAUAGGGCAGCUUAGCGUUCAAAAGGCUGCUCUGUCCAUCUUGGAGUAUUACUACAGAGACUUCCCUCUCCAUAAUCCAGCCCUUCUCUCUGCCUCCAAACACCGGGCUGCCAAACACCUGGCUGGGUUGAAGGUCUACAACGUGGAUGCCCCGGGGAACACUGCAGGAGCACAGCCUGGUAAUGGGAAUCAGUCACGGGCCAUGGUAACAGCUGCCGCCAAACGCAAAGACAGCGCCCACAAUGAGCUGUACUACGAAGAGGCUGACUACGAGAGAAGAGUCCGUAAACGUAGGGCCAGGCUGGUGGUGGCUGUGGAGGAGGCCUUCACACAUGUCCGCCGGAUGAAGAAAGAGGAUGAGCGUGCAACACCAUCUGACAUCAUGGAUGUGCGUGAAGCAGCUCUGGCUAUAUUUCCCUCCAUGGCCCGGGCCCUGCAGAAGUACCUCCGCACCACCAGGAGGCAGCAUUGCCACAGCAUGGAGAGCAUCCAGAAGCACCUCGCUUUCUGCCUCGUUAAUAACAUGAGUCCUAAAGCUUUCCUUGAGGCCUACCUGGCCCCUGGUCCGACCCUGCAGUACGGCCCUGAGCGCUGGAUGGCUGACCAGUGGACUUUGGUCAGCGAGGCUUCUGUCACUGGCGGCGUAAAGGAGGGAUCAGAGUUCCUUCUCAAGUGUCUUGACUUCAGCUUAGCUGUGACCAUCAAGGGCAUCCCGUACAUUCGACUGACUGAGGAGUUCAUCGACCCCAAGUCUCACAAGUUUAUACUGCUGCUCCAAUCAGAAACCUCAGUUUAACACAGUGGACCAGGUCUGCUGAUCUGGAUUUAUGGGACUUUUACAAUUUUUCGACGAAAUUUUUUACUGUUUUUUUUACUUAUGUGUAUGUUAUUUCCAAACAUAGUGUAUCUUUGUGUCCUUGUCUUUG